UGUAUUUUAGGUAACAAAUAUAAUUUAAGGUGGAUUUGGCAUACUGACGACCCACAAUUUUAAUUAGGCUAUUUCGAACAAUUCAAAAGAAAGAAAACAUCUUGAUCAUAUAGCCGAAACUGGAUUUUUUUUCUCACUUUGCACCGCUCAGCCCGACCAAAAACAACAUCAACAAACCAAACAAACGUUGCAUUCGAUCAACAGAGCUGAGGUUGGGUGAAUUUCACAGACGGCUUCAAAUAAGAAUGCCCCCCUCCUAGCCGUGUCUGCCGGGUGGAUCAAUGCUUAGCGCACUGUUCAUUUCAAACUCAUCUUACGCGGAGUCCGCUAUUCGCUUCCUCUGAGUACCUGGGUCGCAUCUAUCAGGCAAGGCCCACAGUAGCCCACUGCGAGGGGUACCAGAAGAUGGAUAUGUAGUUUGGACUAUUGCCGAUCAGUCGGUCUGGUUGGAAUGUUGGUGGUCUAGCAACUGGAGUAGGAGAAAUAUCAUCCUUCCUAGUAGCUUACUGCUGUUCUCUACGCUGCCUUGUUCGGUGUUUUUUGAAGAGGCCCGAAAGCACAAAAUGUCGACCAGAACGCCAUUGCCCACUGUGAAUGAACGCGAUACCGAAAAUCACACGUCUGUGGAUGGAGGCCCGGAGCCGGCCGCCCCGCCCACCAAGUCUGGCAGCCGGCAGAGUCUACCGCGCUGCAGGAACUCGGUGACCUCCAUCACAGAUGAGCAGCCUCACAUUGGCAACUAUCGACUGAUGAAGACUAUUGGCAAGGGCAACUUUGCCAAAGUGAAACUGGCACGCCACGUGCUGACCGGGAGAGAGGUAGCCGUAAAGAUAAUUGACAAGACACAGUUAAACCCAACUAGUCUACAGAAGGUGAGUCAAAAGCUCUUUCGUGAAGUAAGGAUUAUGAAGAUCUUGAAUCACCCUAAUAUUGUUAAAUUAUUUGAAGUGAUUGAGACGGAGAAGACCCUUUAUUUAAUAAUGGAGUAUGCCAGUGGAGGAGAAGUAUUUGACUACUUGGUUGCACAUGGGAGAAUGAAGGAAAAAGAAGCCAGAGCAAAGUUCCGUCAGAUUGUAUCAGCUGUGGAAUAUUGUCAUCAAAAGAGAAUAGUUCAUAGAGACCUCAAGGCUGAGAACCUACUCCUGGACGCAGACAUGAAUAUUAAAAUAGCAGACUUUGGCUUUAGUAAUGAGUUCACCAUUGGCAGCAAGCUGGACACCUUCUGUGGCUCCCCGCCCUACGCUGCCCCUGAGCUCUUUCAAGGCAAAAAAUAUGACGGGCCCGAAGUGGACGUGUGGAGCCUGGGGGUCAUCCUGUAUACGCUGGUCAGCGGCUCGCUGCCUUUUGAUGGACAAAACCUCAAGGAGCUGAGAGAGAGGGUGCUACGGGGAAAGUACCGUAUUCCCUUCUACAUGUCUACAGACUGUGAGAACCUGCUGAAGAAGCUCCUGGUCCUCAACCCUGGCAAGAGGGGCAGCCUGGAGCAAAUCAUGAAAGACCGCUGGAUGAACGUGGGCCAUGAGGAGGAGGAGCUCACGCCCUACACAGAACCAGAGCCGGACUUCAAUGAUCCCGACAGAAUAGAGCUGAUGGUCACUAUGGGCUUCCCAAAGGAUGAGGUCACGGACUCCCUGGUGGGCCAGAAGUAUGAUGAGGUCAUGGCCACAUACCUGCUGCUGGGAAGGAAAAACGCUGAGUUUGAGGGGAGUGAAUCGCUGUCCAACCUCAAUUUGUGCCAGAGGACUCGGCCCAGCAGUGACCUCAAUAACAGCUCCGGCCAAUCACCUGCCCACACCUCAAAAGUCCAGCGCAGCACAUCGGCCAGUCAGAAGCAGCGGCGCUAUAGUGAUUAUGUGGCGCCCUCUAUCCCCCCAGCCGUGUCCUACACCAAGCGCGCGCAGGCCAACAGUGUGGAGGGGGAGAAGAAGGAAGAGUGGGACAACACGCGCAAGCUGCCCACCUCCAGCUCCAAAGGAGAGAUGGCCGCCUCUCCACUGGUCACCCAGGAGCACCGGAGGUCCACCACAGCCUCAGGGACCAGUACAGCCGGAGCGAUGACACGGAGGAACACGUACGUGUGUGAACGCUCCAGCACCGAACGCUACUCGGCCAUCCCCAACGGCAAGGACAGCAGUUUAAGUGAGAUGUCUGCCUCAGCUAGUGGCACGUCCCCAUCCGCAGGCAUGGCCUCCACUCGGUCACGUCACAUGAAGUCCAUGUCCGCCUCAGGGCACCCUGUGAAGUCCCCUCUGCCUCCCAUUGAGGACAACGCCGAGUACAAAGGCUCGAGCACACGUGCCCCCACGGCCUCCCCCUCGGCCCACAGCAUCAGCAGCAGCACUCCUGACCGCACACGGUUUCCGCGGGGCACGUCCAGUCGCAGCACUUUCCACGGCGGGCAGCUCCGGGACCGGCGCAGUGCCACCUACAACGGGCCGCCCGCCUCGCCCUCCCUCUCCCACGACACGGGGGCUCUCGCCCAGGCACGCCGCGGCACCUCCUCGGGCAUCAUCAGCAAGAUCACCUCCAAGUUUGUGCGCAGGGUUCCCAGUGAGGGUGAGACCAGAGCCAGGACUGACAGUCUGAGGAGCACGUCUGGGGAGCCCAAGGAGGACGGCCGUGACUCUAAGCCGCGCUCGCUGCGCUUCACCUGGAGCAUGAAGACCACGUCCUCCAUGGAGCCGUCAGACAUGAUGCGUGAGAUCCGCAAGGUGCUGGACGCCAACAACUGUGACUACGAGCAGCGCGAGCGCUUCCUGCUCUUCUGCGUCCACGGCGACGCCCGGCAGGACUGCCUGGUCCAAUGGGAGAUGGAGGUGUGCAAGCUGCCCCGCCUCUCGCUCAACGGCGUGCGCUUCAAGAGAAUAUCGGGCACCUCCAUCGCCUUCAAAAACAUUGCCUCCAAAAUAGCCAACGAGCUGAAGCUCUGAAGAGAGAGAGUGACCCAGUAGAACAUGGAAGAAGAAGAAGAAGAAGAAGAAGAAGAAGAAGAAGAGCUAUGGAGUUAGACAUGGGAGAUGAGGGGGUGCAACAUGCCCUGCUUCCUCAGUUGUUUUCCAUCCCCGCUGGUAGCAGAGGACUUGAAUGCCAUUUUCAAUUUACUGCUUUUUUCAGGCUACUGGUGUGUGGGUUGGUAAGUGGGAAAAAAAGGUUCUUAGUACUUUUCGCUCCCUCCAGAAUCUGAUCCUUGAUCUCCACUAAGGCUGUUCCUUUGGGCAUGUCAAUCCCCAGUCCAGUGAAGUCGGGAUGUACCAGGAGCUCAGUUGAGAAUCAUCGUUCUGAUCGAAUUUGAAUCCAACUGAAUUCCUGGUCGUGUCCCGAGUUUCCUGAACGGCCCUUAGUUCGCCCUUCGUCCUAGAGCCUUGCUUAUUACUUUUGAGGCUAACGCAACCAUCAUUGCAAUAAUAAACCGUAUUGAUGGCCUGCUACUCUUAGUUCUCUCGCUUGAACUACCUUUUGUAGGGGGGGCAACCACCACAGACUUCUACAGAUACUUUUUUCCAUUAUGUACAGGUUAUUUAGAGAAUGUUUUUGUCAACCUUGACUGUUUAUAGAGUUGUAUAAUACAAGGUGCUUUCAGCAUUAUGUCUGAAAGUGUUUGUAUAGUCUUUGGGUUGUGUACAGAAAAAAAGAACUGUAUGUUUUAACGUCAUACUGUUAUUUUUUAUUUUGAUUCUGUUCAUGACAUGAUUAGCAUCUUUUUAGUGCGUUGUUUUAAUGUUUUUCACAAGAAAAAAAAUACUUUUUACUUUCAAAUAUGGAGCCUAGUCCUCAAAAAUAACAGUUGAAUAGCAGUAUUUUUGAAAACGUUAGCAUGUCACAUUCAAACACCAGUUACAUCCACCCAUAAUGCAUCUGUAGUAAGUUUUUGGUUCUACAAAACAAAGGAGAAUGUUUUCUGUUGACAUGGCAUUGAACAUGAAUGGCACUCCUCCUCUUCCCCUUUUAUGUGGGACCAUCUUGAUUUGAAUAUUUAAUGUUUUCUGAAUAUUUAAUGAACACUGAAGACUACUCUAUAAAUGGUACUGUAUUGUAGGCAUACUAUAGUAGGACUGGCCUCUGAUUUGACCUUAAGCUGUGCUCACACUACUCACUGCUGGGUUUGUCUUUAACGCUGCCCUGGAGUCUACAGCUCAAAACUGUUGGCUGAGAACGCCUUGGAUUUUCUUUCCUCCCCCCCCCCCCCCCCCGCCAUACAUCAUGCCUUCUCUUUUGCUGCUCUGCCUGUCUUUGCACCCUGACCCCCUGUGAUGUUAGAACCCAAACCAUGUUCCCCAUGUAGGAGGUGUCAUUUCAAUGAGUUUGGUCUCCAUGGUUUUGGACUGAGUGACGGAGAGAAGCCGGCGGAAGAGUUGCCGUAAAACCACUAGAGCUGCGUGUAUGGUGUAUUGUGCUAAGUGAAAAGGGUGAAAUGUGCAAUGAGCGUCUGUAUUGUGGCGAUCACCAACUGUUCUGAGGCAGUGCUGAGCAGGAGGGAAAAGAGAUGCUCAAGCCACACACCGUAAGGGACAGGAAGGGAAGGUGAGGAAUACAAUACAGUCCAUUUAUUAUUUGAAGCGCUUUUUCUCUGUUUAGAGAAAACAUAUGUAAAGGUUUUAAACUGUGAGUACCCCCAACUUCUCCCUACUCGUAGCUGUGUGUGGAUAAUGUAUGUAUGUGACUGAACAUGUGUGUGUGUGUGUGUGUGUGUGUGUGUGUGUGUGUGUGUGCGGGUUUGAAGGGUGAUGUUGGGAUGGCACUGAUUUAUUUUUUAUUGUGAUGGUACUUUUGUCACCUGGAGAACACGUGUUCUGUUUCUGUUGCCUUACCAGAUGGCAGUGCUCUGUGCUCAAGAGUCAUUCAUAAGUUACUAGCUCCCCUGUCCCCCAGAUCUUGUUUUGUUCCCUGCUCCCCUCACUACCAUCCUGAAAAAAAAAAACAUCCAUGAAAAAGUUGACUGGUUGUCUGAACUCACUGAUGCACACUAUUAAAAGAGACUUGAAA